AUGAAAAAUAAUAAAAAACAAAGUGCAGAAAAUGUUGAAACAUCCUCUAACAUAAUUAAAAAUCUGGAUAUCCCAUUAUUAAUAAAAAAAAAAUUGCAUUUAAGGGAUUUAAGACUCAAAAAUAAAGACUUAAGUGGGAAGCAUGCGGAUAUUAAGAAGGUCCUUCAAGAGAAAGAAAGUUACUUUAGUUUUAAGGAAAAGGUGUAUAAUGAAAGUCGAGAAAAAAUGAUAAAGGAAUAUCAACUGGCUAUGAAAGACAACCUUGACAGACAAAUCGUUUUGGAAGAAAAAAUAAAAAGCAAAGAAAAAAAAAUAAAGCUCUACGAUUUGGAAAUUAACAAGUUUAAAUUGGCUAUAGCGGACAUGCACGAACGGAUAAAAAAAGCGGAUUACGACACGUUAGAAAGGGAAAAGUGCCUCAGCUUUCUGAGCAAAUUCAAAGAGAAUUCAUCCGAGUUCGUUCAGUUAGACAUGUUCGACAGAUUAGAAACUAUAUUUAGUUCGCGAGAAUUUAUAAAAAAAAAAAAAGAAUGUCUUAAGGAAAAGAUAAAUGCUGUUAAGGCUAAGAUAAAAAAUAUGGAAGAAAAAAGCAAUUUAUCCCUAAUGAAUAAAGAAAAAGAAUAUAAAAAUCUUGUAGAAAUCUCAGAAAUCGUUUUGAAAAAGGAAAAGGAAAUAUCCGAACAACUCAAGGAAAACAUAAAUGAACAUAAUAAAAAUUCUCUCCUUUUGUAUAAAAUAAUGUCAUGUGUAGAUAAUUUUCUGAGUCGUUUUUCUUCAUUUCUUCCUGAACUUCGUCAUUACAACCUUAAAAAGGAUGAGGAAAAAACAAAAAUAGAAAAAAAAAAUAAACUCCAAGAUAUAAUGGAAGACACACAAUCUAUCGACACCACGAACUUUAACCAUUUGGAGGAGGAAAUUUUGAAAAAAUUGGAUGUUAUAUACAAAUAUAUUAAGGAUACCAUAUACAUAAUAAACAAGGCAAAAAAGGAAAUUUCGCUGAAGGAUGAUAAUUACCUGGAAUCGAUGAAGAACAAUUUUGGCAAGAAAAGAAAAGAAAAUUCCGCUGUCCAUAGCAACGGCAAUAUUGAAUUUUUUACAUAUAAUAAUAAUGUCAAAGGCAAAAACAUUUAG